AUUCCGCUGGGCUUCCGUCGGAGCUGUGAAAGACAGACGAGAGGAGCGAAGAGGAGUGUUCUGCGAUGGAAAGGAAGCGUUUCCAUCGACAAGUGGCCGCCGCCAUGUCUUCUUGGCUCCUCGGCUUGCUAACACUCGGGGUUGCGCUUCACGCUCAACCGCGGAGCCUCUCGCCAGAGAAUCUUCUGGUCGUCACGGCCGCAACGGAGGAGACCGACGGCUUUUUGCGCUUCAUGAGGACUGCCAGAGAGUUCAACUAUACUGUGAAGGUUCUAGGCCUGGGGGAGGAGUGGAAAGGGGGCGACGUCGCACGUACGGUGGGCGGCGGGCAGAAGGUGCGCUGGCUGAAGAAGGAGCUGCUCAAACACUCGCAGCAGGAGGACUUGGUGGUCUUGUUUGUGGACAGCUACGACGUGGUGUUCGCGUCAGGUCCCGAGGAAAUCCUGUACAAGUUCUCGCGCCUGGGCCACCGCGUGGUGUUCUCCGCAGAGGGCUUCUGCUGGCCCGACCAGAGGCUGGCCCCCAAGUACCCCGCCGUGCACUCCGGGAAACGCUACCUCAACUCGGGAGGGUUCAUGGGCUUCGCACCGGAUGUUAACACCAUGGUCCAGCAGUGGAAGUUGAAAGACUACGACGAUGACCAGCUCUUCUACACCAAAAUCUACUUGGACCGCACGCAGCGGACGAAAUUGAACAUGACAUUGGACCACCGCUCCAGAAUCUUCCAGAAUCUCAACGGCGCCGUUGAUGAAGUCGUCCUCAAGUUCGAAAGGGCCAAGGUCCGCGUGAGGAACGUGGCCUACGACACGCUUCCUGUUGUCAUACACGGCAACGGGCCCACCAAGCUGCAACUCAACUAUUUAGCCAACUACGUCCCGACGGCGUGGACGUACGAGGAGGGCUGCGGCAACUGCGAUGACGACCUGCUCUUCUUCGACGAAAUAGAUGAGCAGGACAUGCCGCUGGUACACGUGGCCGUGUUCAUCCACCACGCCACGCCCUUCAUGGGGGACUUCCUGGAGCGGCUGACCACGCUCAACUACCCUCUGACGCGCCUCCACCUCUUUAUCCACAACAACGUGGUGUACCACGAGCGCCACAUCCACGAGUUCUGGCAGCGGCACCGCGCUCUCUUCCCCGACGCCGUUCUGGUCGGACCCGAGGAGAACCUGCCGGAGGAUCGGGCGCGCAAGAUGGCCGUGGAGGCGUGUCGGAAGGAUUCCCGUUGCGAUUACUACUUCAGUAUCGACUCGGAUGUUGUCUUGACCAACCCCGACACCCUGAGGAUCCUCAUUGAGGAAAACAAGUCCGUCAUCGCGCCCAUGCUCUCCAAACCCGGAAAGCUGUGGAGCAACUUUUGGGGUGCCCUGAGCGCCGAAGGAUACUACUCCAGAUCAGAAGACUACAUCGAGAUCGUUCAAGGGAAGAGGAUCGGUCUGUGGAACGUUCCGUACAUGUCCCAGGCCUACCUGAUCAAAGGCAGCGUGCUGCGCUCCAAACUGUCCAAGGUCAACCUGUACGAGGACCCCAACUUGGACCCGGACAUGGCGUUCUGUCGCAGGGUCCGAGAGCAGGGAGUGUUCAUGUUCGUGUCCAACCGCUACGACUUUGGCCGUCUGGUGUCGUCCAACAACUUCAACACGUCCAGGCUGCACCCGGACAUGUGGCAGAUCUUUGACAAUCCUCUGGACUGGAGGGCCAAGUACAUCCAUGAGAACUACUCCAAGAUCUUUGAAGACCCGAAGAGCUUCGUGGAGCAGCCGUGUCCGGACGUGUACUGGUUCCCGGCAUUCACGGAAAAGAUGUGCGACGACCUGGUGGAGACCACGGAGGACUACGGCGAAUGGUCCGGCGGCAAGCACAAGGACGAGCGUUUGGCCGGCGGCUACGAAAACGUUCCCACUGUGGACAUCCACAUGAACCAGAUUGGAUUUGAGAAGGAGUGGCUCAAGUUUCUCAAAGAAUACAUUGCCCCCAUCACGGAAAAACUCUACCCCGGAUACUCGCCUAAGGCUCAGGCGAUCAUGAAUUUCGUGGUGCGCUACCGUCCCGACGAGCAGCCGUCAUUGCGGCCGCAUCACGACUCGUCCACGUUCACCAUCAACAUUGCCCUCAACAGCAAGAACGUAGACUACCAGGGCGGAGGUUGCCGGUUCCUGCGUUACGACUGCAACGUGGAGUCGCCCAGGAAGGGCUGGUCCUUCAUGCACCCCGGCCGCCUAACUCACUACCACGAGGGUCUUCCCACCACCAGCGGAACCAGGUACAUCAUGGUGUCCUUUGUGGACCCCUAGACCUGUGAAAGGACAGAUACUUGUCUAUUUUUUUUUAUGGGAUCCUUUUGUCACAGUGGUGCCUUUUUCUAGAAACUCCAACACACUGUGUGUGUGCAUGUGACUUUAUAAGACAUUUUUGAGAGAGAGUAAAAAAGAUUUUAGUGUUGAAUUUCCUUUUUACUUUGGUCAUGUAAGCGGGGCUUUUCCGUGGAAUAUUUAUAUUUGAAAAAAGGAUCCACCGCCAUGCUUGGCUUUGUAUAAACUGCUUUAAAUUAUUUAAAAGCAAAUGAAUAAACUUUUAAAAAUCUUUAGGCAAAAGAAAAUACUCCAAGCUCUUGUGAUUUUAUUCCAAUUGUCUUGGAUCCAGAGCACCACUGACUGGUGAGAAUGUGAGCCGUGUUGUUGUAACAGUGUGAAGAAAAGUGCUAUACAAAUAAAGUAUAGACUUAAAAUGACAA